UUGCUCCACAAUUCUACAGCUUCAGUUUAGCUGAGUGGAUGCCCGGGUACGGACGUGCGUGUGCGUUCGUCGUCUGCUUGAGAUUUGGUCUGGCGAGCUCAGUCGUCUGCUACAGAUUUAGUCCUCUCACUCGAAGCCCUGCACUCUCAAUAAUUAGAUCAGCAGCGCCAGGGGCAUAGUUCUCGAUAGUUCCAGUCUUGCUCUUGCACUGGAUGUCCACUAAAAGAAUUUCUCCUGCGACUUUAGCUUCAUGAUUUUGCUCCAAAACUUGACCUUGUUUGUGCAUUUGGAUUGAUUUCUGCGACUAGCUACUGUCGCUAUAUUUGCCAGUGUUUGAAUGGUGUUUAGUUAAUUUUAUACGCAAAGUACGAUGAGAUUAAAAAACUGGUGUUUUAAAUAAAAGUGAAUAUAUUAAGCUCGUAAUAGACUAGCAAAGAAUAACAAGCGUUCGGAGAAGAAGUGUAAUUUUAGUGUGUUGCUAAAGUGCAAAGCAUGAGUGCAAAGCAUGACUAGACUUGGACUAAGUUGACACUGAAGGCGUAACGUGCAAAUCAAGACGUCGUUGACGGCUAAUCACGAUCGUUUCAGCUUCGCUUUACCCGCGCGCUUGGUCUAUAGCAUAUAGCCCGCGAUGGUGCUGGCGGUGGGGGAGCAGCUGGUGAAGGAGGUGCCCUCGAGCAUCACGGGCGUGUACAGCACGUGGGCACGUCUCAAGGACACGGGGCACGCGCUCACCAACAUCCCCACGGAGACCGUGGGGAGCCGCGGGCUGCUGUACCUGCGGCCCCGUGAGUACGCGGUCACCGUCCCCCACGACGACGCCGUCCUCUGCAUCGGCACCGACGACGCCACCACCUCGGUCGUCGCCGUCCUGCGGCACACUGGUGGGUGGUGGGCAGUGGUGGGGCUCUGA